CAGAUAACACAUUAUAUCAUUUUGUCAUGUUAGAAGACUAGAGUGAUAAUCUUAGACUUGCUGGUGUUGACAAGCUCUCAGGAACUGUCAACUUGUGAUGACGUCUCCUUCAAAUAUUUAUGUUUUAUAGGCCUUACGCCAAUAUGCGUUUAAAAUCCCGCGACGGGGAGAGUAUUUUAUUAGCAACGACAUAAAUAUCAUUGGUGAUCAAUAAACCUACAUCGCUUUUAAUCAUUUUCAUGGAAGUGUGAUAUUCAUACUCAAUUUAAUUCUCUCGGGGUGCUGUUAUGCGUUUCGCUGGAAGAUCGCGUUAUCAUAAAUUUCGAUGACCCGUAACUAUAUGAAUCACAGAGACAGACAUUAUACAUAUUUUCUUCUUUGAACUAUUGGAUUUAAACCGAAAGAUGCUUGUUACUUGGGUGACAUAUGUAAGUAUAUUAAUUUAAUCCUAUUUAUAGCUCUUUUUCAAUAUAAAGUUGGGCCUACAUGAUUAGUUUUUGUUUAUCACCAUCGAUUUGGUAAUAAUUUCUACCAGAUACAUGAAUUCAAAUUCUUAGUUUUUAAGAAGUGUUUGCGAUUAAAAAAAGAGAAAAUUAAUCCUGUUUCUAUAACCCCAUCAUUUUUUAUAUAGGCUAAUCAAUUUGUAAUCAAUAAGGUUCAUAAAAAUGAUCAAGCGCAUCGUUAUAUGCUUUUAUGGAGAUUUAUCUGCAGAAGGCCCUUAUAAUUUAACAAUAUACAUGUAUUUAAUUUAUGCUUUAUCAUGUUCAAAUGUGUUAAAUUGUGCAUGGAGAAAAAUCUAAACCCUAAAACCAAUCUUCUCAGAUUUUAACUAAAUACUUUAGUAGAUGAAAAUUCUAUUUCAAAAUGAAAUAAAAUUGUAAAAAAAUACCAAUUGACAUUUAAACGAAUACAUUCGCAUUUUGGAAGCGUCUUGGUGUAGCGGUUCUGACUCUCGCCUUGCAAUCAGAGGGUCGCGUGUUCGAAUCCCACCAUGGCCUAGCGUCCUUUUACAAGGCGCUAAUCCACACUUUGUCACUCUCCACCCAGGUGUUAAAUGGGUACCCGGUAUGAUGCGAAAGCCUAUGUAUAGUAUGCCUAGCAAUUGAGUCUUGGAACUCUUAUUGGAAUGUCCACCAGGGAGUGGAGAAAGUGCAUACAUUGUGUGCGGGCAUGUCAGGGCAUAUUUUUCCAUAGAUUAUUUGUAGAGUAUGCUAUUUGACUUACGAAAGCAAUCCUUUUGAAAACAACCAAACAAAAUAUAGGCCAACACAUAUUUUAGUGAACCUUGGUUUUUUUUUCGUUUUCUUGUUGGUUAGUGCAGUCCACUGACUGGUGUCAUCUCAUUCUAAUUUAGAUAGACAGGUGCAAACUAAAUUUAUGUAUGGUUGCACCCCCUCCCCUUCCCUAUAUACCAAAAUAUAAUUGUCUGUAUCUCCUGCGAGCAAAUUCGGAUCUUGAUAUUUUAUCUAAUUUGCCCUCCUUCAUGAGAUCGAGAAUCAACAUUAUCAUUACAAACAGGCAUGAAAAUAUAUUAUAUGCGGAAUUCUGCAUCAUUACUGUUAUCUAUUAAAAAUAUGAUUUUCCCUUUUUCUUAAGGGAGGUAUCUUGCUUAUGUUUUCGGCAUUUGCUGCAGGUCAGACCAAUCGAAAUCCAAGCAAGAAACUGUGCCCUUCUGGUUUCCAGCACUGGAACUCAUCAUGUUAUCACAUAGAAUCAUCAUAUCUGAAAACGCGUGAUGAUGCUCAGAUCAUGUGUUCAAAUCUCGAUUCCCAAUUGGUCGAAAUCACAUCAAUCGAAGAAGGUGAAUUCAUCAGUUCACUCUCGCUCGCUGAGAAUCCAACUACUAGUAUCCCUUAUUGGAUUGGCUUGGAAGAUAAGAAUAAGGUCUGGCAUUGGAUGGACGGAUCACCCUUGACGUUUACCAAUUGGGAUUCCGUCGAAAAUGGCGUCCAUGAUUAUGGUGCAGACUGUAUUCUAUUGAGACCUAGAGGAUCAGGGUAUCGCUGGGAAGAUAACAAAUGCGAUAGUGAUUAUUUGGCUCUGUGUGAAGGAAGAGAAACAGAUAGUGUCUGCUCCGAUCUUGAUUUGUUUAACUCUUCUUGUUAUUAUGUGAGUGAUAUCGAGCAUCAUCGAGACCAAGCCCAGGAUUAUUGCCAAAAAGAUGGAGCACAUCUGGUUUAUAUAGAGACAGGAGACGAGAAUGAUUUUAUUUUCGAUUUUAUCAUGAACCGUACAGCAAUUUACGGGUUCAAACAAUUCUUCUGGAUCGGUUUGACGCGACGUCUUGCCGGCAGCGCCCAAGAUAAUUUCGCCUGGAUGAGUGGAGAGCCACUGAUAUAUUAUAGCUUUGGUGAUCUAAGCUCCGGUAGUGGAUGCCUUCAGAUAAAGAAGUAUAGUGAGUACAACAACUGGAUUGAUGGAAGGUGCCAAAAUGACAAAGGAUAUAUAUGCGAAAGGAAAGAGCUUUCGAGACAUCGGCACCAAAAACUUGAAAAACGGUUCACGAUAAAACGAGGAAACAGCGUACCAAUUCCGGAAUCUAUCAUCGCUGACGUCACAACAGCAAGUACCAUAGGAUGUGCAUCUCUAUGUACAUAUCAUCAAGAGUGUGUAUCAUUUGCCUACAAUCAUAUGAAUAGGAGAUGCAUCGUAUCUAAUAAAGCAACUGGGACUAGUUCUGGAGGGCAAGAAUUUUACCAGUACACCUCUGUUUGAACAUGCACUUGGUUCUCAUUGCCGAACUGAUCCCACCCAGACCCGAUCAAACCCGAUCAAUAUAUUUUCGACCAGAUCGCUCAGCAAGGAUAUCGGGAAUGCACUUUAGUUUGCCUUGAUCCCUUUGUUUGAUCCACAUCGCUCAGGUGAGCGUUUCAUUAAAGGACUUAUAAGAAAAAAAGUUAC